AAUUGUGGAAAACUUCUUCUUGUCCCUGUUAGUCAAAAAAAAAAGCGAAGAAGAUGAAAUUUGUGAAGUGAAAUUUCUCUGGUGUUACUCAAUUAAAUCGUAUAUGCACAGAGUAAAUCUCUCUUUUUGGAGGUGAAGAAGCCUCCCGGGCAGGGGUGUGUGAUUUAACGGGGUAGUUUCCGGUGAGGAGGAAAAGGUGGUGGUGCAGUAAAGUGGAAUUAUGGAUGUUAAAAUUGUGUUCGUGACAGUUGCUGCCGUGGUUUUUCUCCUGCGGCACGCCGACAUCAGGAAUAAUGCACAAAAUGCAUCAUUCCCAUCGUACUCGCUUGAGAAUUUUCUCUGUGGCGCGCCACUUAAUAAGUUUGACGAUAGUUUCCCGCCGACGUGGCGCAAUUUUCCCGGCGUCUCUGCUGCUGAACUCUUCAAUUUCAUCACUCACCCAAACGUGGUUGAGAAGUGGUUUUCCCUCGUGUCGCUAUUCACGUCUGCAGACCACAAGCCAUUGGUGGUUGGGAAGGUUUUCAGAGCUGUUGUAGGUACUGUCGUGUUUCAUUUUCAUGUGGAACAUCUCCAGGAGUCGCGGUGUUUAACGCUCACAUCGGACUUCUUACUCAAGCCAACCCUGUCAGUGGUAGCUAUUGAUUUGAAGAAUAAUUCACAAGUUUGGGGAUCAAGACUCGCAAUCCGGCUUCAUUUUGGACGUACUUCCUGGAUUUUUCAAAAUCUAAUUGGAAAGGCGUUCCUAUGGGUUUCUCGGCGAAAGAUUGAAGCAUCGCUAUGGAAACUGCAGUGGAUCCUCGAAGAAAUGCAGACUUACCCAUUGUUUCUGUACCAAGAUGUUCCACCCUGGUGAUUUCUCCCAAGGCAUUGUGGUGUGGGAUUUGUGGGAUGGAUGCAGAGAGAGUAAAUUAAUGCAAUGUGCAGCAUAUUUUCUUUCUUAUCGUACCCCCGACGCUCCACUUUCCUAUAAGAAACGCAAUUUCCUUUGACCCUUUUUAAAGUAAUAUACCAUUUUGUAAUCUUACACAAAACCAACUCGUCGGGUUUGCAAUCAAUUCGGUGGUUUCCGGAAGCUGCUUUCUGAGAAAUUUUGUGAAUUUCCUUCUACAUGAUAUAUAGCAUGUAUAAUGGUGUAUUAUUA